CUUUUCUUCAUUUUUCAUAUCUUCUUUUUUCCCCUAAUUAUUGCAAGUUUGCAACUGAAAAUCAAAACAAUUACUCCCAUAUGGAUCAAUCAAUCGCUCUUUAUAAUCAUCAUCCCCAGGAAAAAAGGAAAAAGAAACCGUCGUUUUUCCUCAAAAACUCCAGCUUUUCACCCCAUCUUGACCUUUCGUCUUCAAAUUUACCAACAUUUUUACGAUUCUCAUACCCAGAAGGAAAUUUAGAAGACAGGGACAGAUGUUGAUGAAAUCAAGAGAAAAAAACAAAUCUUUUUACCUCAACGACCAUUAAUUUGACCAUUUCUAUUCGAUACUCUUCAACAUCUUAAUAAUUCUACCUCAAGAACACCAAUUCGUCGGCUAUAUUUUUGACCUUUUCUCUUGAAAAGUUAACAGAUUUACCAACAGUUGAAGAAGAGAGGCAAUGUGGAGGGCGUUUGCUCGGAAGAAUUUGGUGGCAAGAACUUCCCAAUCACUCUUCUCUAUCUUCACACUCGUUUGCGUAUUUUAUAUUCUAUACAUAUUCCUUGACGAUUCGAAUUCUACCCUCACUAUCACCAAAUCGAUACCUAAUCAUUUAAAAGAAUUCGGGCUAAACUGUUUCAAUGGCCCCAUGACGACAACAUGCCCAACAAAUUACUACCCAAAACAAUUCAAGUCUACAUAUCAACCUCCCCGCCUAUCGCCGGCGCCGAAAACGUGCCCUGAUUACUUUCGGUGGAUUUACGAAGAUCUCCGGCCAUGGAUAUCCACCGGAAUCACGCUAGAGAUGGUGGAAAGAGCCAACAGAACAGCCAACUUCAGAUUAGUGAUUAUAAACGGAAGGGCUUACGUUGAGGUUUACGAAAAGGGUUUUCAAAGUCGAGAUACUUUCACUCUAUGGGGGAUCCUACAGUUGUUACGAAGGUUCCCGGGCAAAAUUCCUGAUCUAGACCUCAUGUUUGACUGUGUUGACUGGCCGGUCAUCCGGUCUACCGAUUACACUCCCGGACCCAAUUCAAUCAGCCCACCACCUCUCUUUCGAUUCUGUGGCGAUAACAACACUUUCGACAUUGUCUUUCCCGAUUGGUCGUUCUGGGGAUGGCCUGAAACGAAUGUAAGGCCAUGGGAACGCUUAUCGAGAGACAUAGUUUCAGCAAACCAGAGAACUCCAUGGAAAGAUCGCGAUCGUUUUGCGUAUUGGAAAGGUAAUCCUUUCGUUGCCGGAAAACGGAUGGAACUUCUUAAAUGUAACGUUUCCGCUGAACACGAAUGGAAUGCUCGCAUCUACAUCCAGGACUGGCCUUCAGAAGUAAAGCAAGGGUUCAAAAAUUCAAGCCUCACUAAGCAAUGCAAUCAUAGGUACAAGAUUUAUAUCGAGGGGUCAGCUUGGUCAGUUAGUGAAAAAUACAUUAUGGCUUGUGAUUCUGUAACCCUAUAUGUGAAGCCGCAAUACUACGACUUUUUCUCAAGGGGGUUAAUGCCUAUGCGCCAUUAUUGGCCGAUACGCAAUGACAACAAAUGCAUGUCGAUAAAGUUUGCAGUUGCUUGGGGAAACAGUAACGAGCAUAAGGUUGAGUUGAUAAGGAAAGCGGGAAGUAAAUUUAUACAAGAAGAUUUGACAAUGGACAAUGUUUACGAUUACAUGUUUCAUCUGUUGAAUGAGUAUGCAAAGCUUUUGAAGUAUAAGCCAAAGGUUCCACCUCGGGCAGUCGAGCUAUGUUCUGAGAGCAUAGCUUGUAGUGCCCAAGGGCUUAGUAUAGACUUCAUGAUGGAAUCGUUGGUGAAGAACGGUACAAGUGAUGUAGCACCAUGUACAAUGCCCCAGCCUUAUGACCGUUCUACGCUUGAUGCUAUUCUUAAAAGAAAAGAAAAGAUAUUAAGAGGAGUUGAGAAAGUGGAAAAGUUCUAUUGGAAUUGGCAUUCUUGAUUGUCCAUGAUAUCCAUUUGUAAAUUUUUUUUUUUUUUUUGUUUGGUAAUUAGAUUUUUGUACUUUAGUUUAU